GAAGGCCUGAGUGGAAACGUGGAGCGGAAACUCUCAAAGCAAAACUACCUUGGCAGCUGACCGUGACUCUGGCGUCCAGGAAGGGGAGCUUUGGCGUGAAGUGCCUCCUGAUGGCUGUGUGGCCCAGCCGGGCUGUGCUCCCCCAGCUCCAGUGACGCCUGGCUAACUGGGAGGACAGCCGGGGUGCAGAGGGGAACUUGAGCCCACUGUGGGGGCUGGAGCUACGCGUUCUGCCGCUCAUGACCGCGUGGCCCUCCCAGAAGGAACCGGGGGCCCAGCUGCCGCAGCAUGGAGCGCUCAAGCAAGAUGGAGUUCUUCCAGAAGCUGGGCUACAGCAGGGAGGAUGUGGUCAGAGUGCUGGGCAAACUGGGGGAGGGCGCCCUGGUCAACGACGUGCUGCGGGAGCUGAUCCAGACCGGCAGUCGCCCGGCAGCCGGUGAGGGCAGCGGGGCGCCCCUGCUCGUUCCCAGGGGCUCCUGCGCGGCCCUGGACUCUGUCCAGCGCAGGCCAGCGGCGGAGCUGGAAGAGGACUGCGGAGGCCUCGCCGGUUCCUUGCGACCCAUAGUGAUCGAUGGCAGCAACGUGGCAAUGAGCCAUGGAAAUAAAGAAGCCUUCUCUUGCCGGGGAAUCCAGCUGGCUGUGGACUGGUUCAGGGACAGAGGACACACCUACAUCAAAGUUUUUGUCCCAUCCUGGAGGAAAGACCCACCGAGAUCCGACACCCCUAUUAGAGAGCAGCACAUGCUGGAGGCGCUGGAGAGGCAGGCCGUGCUUGUGUACACCCCGUCCCGCAAGGUGAACGGCAAGAGGGUGGUCUGUUAUGAUGACCGCUACAUCGUGAAGGUGGCCUACGAGCUGGAUGGGGUCAUCGUCUCCAACGACAAUUACCGCGACCUUCAGAGUGAGAACCCCGAGUGGAAAUGGUUCAUCGAGCAGAGGCUGCUCAUGUUCUCCUUCGUCAAUGACCGGUUCAUGCCCCCUGAUGACCCCCUGGGCCGCCGGGGACCCACUCUGAGCAACUUCCUGAGCCGGAAGCCAAAGCCCCCGGAGCCAUCCUGGCAGCACUGCCCCUAUGGCAAGAAAUGCACCUACGGCGUCAAGUGCAAGUUCUACCACCCGGAGAGGCCGCACCUGGCGCAGCUGGCGGUGGCUGACGAGCUGCGAGCGCAGACGCGGGCUUGGCGAGGCGCGGAGGCGGAGCGGCUGAGGGGCGCGCGGGCUGUAGCGGCCGAGGCGGAGCAGGGGGGCCCCCGGGGCGCUUCCGCCGCGGCCUGGCUGGGGGGCCCGGAGCUCGGCGCGCGCAGCCUGCCCUCUGCGCGGCGGGUGGCCGACGUGGCUGCGCUCGAAGGCGGCUUCUCGCGGCUCGCCUUCAGCGACGACCCGGGGCUCCUCGGGACGCCUCCUCGGGACGCCGGGCUCACGCCCCAGCCGCGCCGGCCGGACUGGGUGGCGCGGGGGCCCUCUCCGACCCCGGCAGCCUCGCCCGACCUCCCGAGCCCCGGGGUCUCGUCCGGCCCGCCGACCCGGCCGCGCGGGGGGCACGUCCCCGGGGCCGCGCACAGUGAGCUGCUCCCCCAGCGCAGAUGGCCCGUCGACGCGCGCGCCCUUCCCCCGGCGGCCGGCCGGUUCCCGAGCCGGUCGGCUUGGGCGGAACGCGGCUGGGGCUACGGCGCCUUCGGGGGACCAUCGGGGUCGCCGCCUCCCUCCGCUCCCAGCGAGGCGGACGCGCGCGCGCGGGCGCGCAUCGUGCUCUGCAGCAUCUUCCCGCCGCGUCAGGUGGACAGCGUCAUGGCCCGGUUCCCCGCGCUCUCCGACGUCACCAGGCUCAUCCUUCUCAUCCAGAAAUUCCAAAGGUCUGGUGCGCCUGUGGGAAAAUCCUAAGGAACUCGCCAAUGCCACCGCAACUGAUGUCCCAGCCUUGCCCUACCACUUGGGCAGGGCGGGUUGUCAGCCUGCUCCUGGGGCGAGCCGCUGUAAAGCCCCCUUUUCUUCAAAGAUGGUCAGGGAAGCCAGCUUCCUCACCCUCAGCCCGGCUCCUGGUGGCACUCGAUGACCCUCCCUGACACUGCAGGGCUUGCUGCUGGAGGUCAAUAAGGUCGGCCACUUCCGGGAGGGAGUGAUGUCUUAUGUGUGGAAGUCUACGGGUCCCCCGACAGCUCCGAGGGUUGGUCUAGAACACUCCAUGCCUGUUUUGACAAGCUGCAGCUGGGAUCCACAAGUGGGUCACAAAGGCAAUUUUAUGGGUUACACCAGAAAGAGGAAAUCUCAGAAUGCACUGCAAGUAAUCAAGCUAGGUAUGAAACUCCUAUUCGUUAGCUUCAGGUGGGUGCACCUGCAUCCCCUUAGUACCCCUGUAAACCUGAGGUGGGUCCUGGAAAAAGCUUGAAAAAUCCUGGUACAUGGCCUUGAAUUUUAUUGUAUCAAAUCACAUUUGACAUAUGUAGUGGGUUGGUUGAUGGAGAUUUCAGCAUCUGGAGGUUUUCAGAUGAGCUGUUUCUUACCUCAUGAGGGGAACCUAGAAUUCUAGCCUUGAUGUGUGGGCUCCACUUGUCACUCUGAGAUUGCGAUUGCUGGUCUGUGGGGGCGGGGCAGGGCCAUGGUGUCCUGAGGGUCUGCUCCUGGGGCCUUCACACCACACGCACGCGCGCGCACACACACACAC